AGUGAGUUGAAUGAGGCUGACUGCCAAAAGUAUGUUUUAAAAUAACAAUGAAUUCCUUGAAAUUUCCUCUUAAUAGCGUAGGCUUCUGUCUUUGACCUAAAAAUGGCUCCUCUCUUCAACUCAGAAAGCAAUUGCUACUCACUCAGCUUAUUUUACAAAGAAUAUGAAGCUUAUGUCCAUCCAAAUUCCAAGAUGGCUGAUGCAUCCAGAGCCGUGGAGAUUCAUUGGUUUAACUUCAUCCAUAGUUGGACUGCUCUGUUACGCUCUCAGCACCUCUUUCAACUUCCUAUUCGGAAAAUGGAACUUGACCAAAAUGUUUAUAUACGUUGUUUUCAGUAUUAUAAUUUGCCUUGCCACAUUCUUUGCCAAGGUAUGGCAACAUUCUUCAAGCCUCCGAUUCAGAGCUCACAUGGCUUUUUUAGUUCUUACAGUUACCUCUGCUUACUCAUUCUUUUUCGACAAAGCCGUGAACGGUAAACCAGAUGCGUUUAGCCUUCUAUCUUGUGCCGCUUUUGCUAUGAUGUCGCUCAGUUUAUCGAGACAAAUUCACUGUGGAUUCGAAGUGGAUCUGCUAUAUUUCUUUCUUGGAGUAUUGAUAAUACAACUCAUGAAACUAAGAUUGUUGUUAGGCACAAUUGGAGUUUGUUUCAGUUAUUUCCUUGUUAUUCUUCGAUCCUCUUUGGAUUCCCAAUCAGAAAACGAUGAUCUCCAACUGGAACAUCAAGAUCAUAUAGCCAUUAGAGUUGAUUCACAACAAUCAAAUAAUGAUUUACAACUCGUGGCUUGUAUUGAGGCCCUUCGGAACAGAAACUCUGAUCUGAUUCAAAUUAUUUCGGAGCAGGUGAAAGAACAAAACAAAGACCACAAACCGUUGACCAACGCGGAAGAAGAAAAUAACUCCCAAGAGGAUGAGGAACAGAUUCCGGUGGUGGUGGUGCCGGUGAUUAGCUAUGACGUCAAGAUCGAGUCGCUUCUGGCUGAGACGAUUAGCGACCUCCACAAGAUUGCACAGCAGACGGCGGUGAACGGAGGAUUUGGUGAGCAGUUCAUACAAGUGUAUGGAAGUUGCCGGCGGGAGUUCUUGGAGGAGAGCCUCACUAGCUUGGGGUUGAAGAAGCUGAGUACCGAUGAAGUUCACAGCAUGUCAUGGAAGAACCAGAGGGACACGGCGGUGAGGUGGAUCAAGGCCUCCAACGUCUGCCUCAAGAUCUUGUUUGACGGAGAGCGCAGACUCUGCGGCAGAGUCUUCUUGGGAUUCCCCGCCGCGGCGGAUCUCUCGUUCAUGGAGAUCUCCGGCAAAACUGCCACCUGGCUUCUAGAUUUCGCAAACGCCGUAGCAACAGCGAGCCCCUCGCCAGAGCGGCUGUUCAUGAUCCUUGACUUGUUUGAGGCAUUGCGUGACAUGAUUCCGGACUUUGAAAGGAUCUUUCAGGAUCAGAUGAGAAAUGAAGCGGUUACCAUUUGGAAGAAGUUGGGCGAAGCAAUUUGGAAAAAUUUCAUGGAGUUAGGGUAUGCGCUUAUUCGCAAUCAAACACCGCUGACGAUGACUCCUAUUGGCGGCACCAUCCAUUCCCAUACUCGCUACUUGAUGAACUACCUCCUUAUUGCUUGUGAUUCACGUCAGACUUUGGAGCAAGUUUUUAAAGAGAACAUGCAUUUGUUGAAAGAGUAUCCUGAGCUUGAUGAGAGAGUUGGAUCCAAUUCUUCGUCUAUGCAAACUGUAAUCAAUUGGAUUAUGGAAAUGUUUGACCGUAAUUUGGAGGCAAAGUCAAAAACUUUUGAGGACCUUGCUUUAAGCCAUGUUUUCCUGAUGAAUAACCGACACUACAUGGUUCAAAAGGCGAGAAAUAGAGAAUUGGGAAUCGUUUUGGGUGAUGAUUGGUUCCAGAAACAAUCUGAAAAAAUUAGGCAAUACCUUGCUGGGUAUCUAAGCAGUUCAUGGGACAAGGUGCUCGAGAUUUUGAAACUUGAUGGUAGUAGUGACAGCAUCCAAACUCGGCCUAAUGGUGCGGCAAAGGCAAUGAAGAAGAAGCUGAAGAUGUUCAACGUGGAGUUUGAGAAUAUAUGCCGGGUUCAGUCUUCUUGGUAUGUAGAUGAGAAGCUAAGGCAAGAUAUAAUGAUUGUACUUGUGAAGACUCUUUUGCCUGCAUAUGGAAGCUUCAUUAGAAGGUUCCAAAGUGUUGCCAAACUUGGCAAGAAUGCUGAUAAGUAUGUUAAGUAUGGAGACAUUGAAGCAAAACUGAACGAUUUGCUUGGAGGUGUUAGUGCAUCAACUAGUCACCAAAAGUAAAGUUUAAAGCUGAUGGAAAUUGUGCAUGUAUUGGUAGUAUGAUUAGAGUUAGAAUAGAGAUAUGGUUAAUUUUGUAUCCCACUAAAACAUGUAUUAUGCAUUUAUGCUUACCAUAAUCGAUAAUUCUAUUUAAAAAAAAAAAAGAUGAAUUCCAUUGAUAAAAAAUUGAAUAAUUGAUAGAUAUGUUGUGAUAAACACUGAUGUGGAUGCCCAUUUCCAAUUAAACUUAGUUUAUCAAGGAUGACUCUAUUAAAUGUAGUUUGAAAAUA